AGCGCACUAGAGGCCGGUCGGCGGCGGGAUCCGACGUCUGAGCUGGACCCUGCUGACUGAACCCAGCGCGGCAGCCGCGGGGAGGGCUGCGCGGCCCCGGCUCCCCGCCAGGUCGCGGAGACCAGCAGGGAUUAGCGGGCAGCCGGUGGCGCAGGCACAAUGGGGAACCGGGAGAUGGAGGAGCUGAUCCCUCUGGUGAACCGUCUGCAGGACGCCUUCUCCGCGCUGGGGCAGACCUGCCUGCUGGAGCUGCCGCAGAUCGCCGUGGUGGGCGGCCAGAGCGCCGGCAAGAGCUCGGUGCUUGAGAACUUCGUGGGCAGGGACUUUCUCCCUCGAGGGUCGGGCAUUGUAACGAGAAGGCCUCUUGUGCUGCAGCUUGUUACUUCCAAAGCAGAAUAUGCUGAAUUUCUACAUUGCAAAGGGAAAAAAUUUACAGAUUUUGAUGAAGUUCGCCAUGAGAUUGAAGCAGAAACAGAUCGAGUAACUGGAAUGAAUAAAGGCAUUUCCUCCAUACCCAUUAAUUUACGAGUCUAUUCCCCACAUGUGUUAAAUCUAACCCUUAUUGACCUGCCUGGAAUUACUAAAGUGCCAGUGGGAGAUCAGCCACCAGAUAUUGAGUAUCAAAUCAGAGAAAUGAUUAUGCAGUUCAUCACGAGGGAGAACUGUCUUAUUUUGGCUGUCACCCCAGCCAACACUGAUCUUGCAAACUCAGAUGCACUGAAGCUAGCUAAAGAAGUUGAUCCUCAAGGCCUAAGAACCAUUGGAGUCAUCACCAAACUGGAUCUUAUGGAUGAAGGAACGGAUGCCAGGGAUGUUCUAGAGAACAAGCUGCUACCGCUUCGCAGGGGUUACGUGGGAGUGGUAAACAGAAGCCAGAAGGACAUAGAGGGGAAGAAAGAUAUAAAGGCUGCCAUGUUGGCAGAAAGGAAGUUUUUCCUCUCACACCCGGCGUACAGACACAUUGCUGAUCGGAUGGGGACCCCACACCUGCAGAAGGUCCUUAAUCAGCAACUUACCAACCACAUUCGAGAUACCCUGCCCAACUUCAGGAACAAACUUCAGGGACAGUUGCUGUCCAUAGAACACGAAGUAGAAGCCUACAAAAACUUCAAGCCAGAAGACCCCACCAGGAAGACCAAAGCAUUGCUGCAGAUGGUUCAGCAAUUUGCUGUGGAUUUUGAGAAGAGAAUCGAAGGGUCAGGGGAUCAAGUAGAUACCCUGGAGCUCUCAGGGGGUGCUAAAAUUAACCGUAUUUUCCAUGAACGCUUUCCUUUUGAGAUAGUAAAGAUGGAGUUCAAUGAGAAAGAAUUGCGAAGAGAAAUAAGCUAUGCAAUCAAAAACAUACAUGGUAUCAGAACAGGGUUGUUUACUCCAGACAUGGCAUUCGAAGCAAUAGUGAAAAAACAAAUUGUAAAGCUGAAAGGGCCUUCCUUGAAGAGCGUAGAUCUGGUGAUACAAGAAUUAAUCAACACUGUCAAGAAGUGCACCAAGAAACUGGCCAACUUCCCCAGACUCUGCGAGGAAACGGAAAGGAUCGUUGCUAACCACAUUCGUGAGCGAGAGGGGAAGACAAAGGACCAGGUACUGCUGUUGAUUGACAUCCAAGUCUCCUACAUCAACACCAACCACGAAGAUUUCAUUGGCUUCGCAAACGCUCAGCAGAGGAGCAGUCAGGUUCACAAGAAAAACACAAUUGGAAAUCAGGGAACCAAUCUUCCGCCUUCAAGGCAAAUUGUGAUUCGAAAAGGGUGGCUCACCAUCAGCAACAUCGGCAUCAUGAAAGGAGGCUCGAAGGGGUACUGGUUCGUCCUGACCGCUGAAAGCUUGUCCUGGUACAAGGACGAUGAGGAAAAAGAAAAGAAGUAUAUGCUUCCGUUGGACAACUUGAAAGUUCGGGAUGUGGAAAAGAGCUUUAUGUCUAGCAAGCACAUCUUUGCACUCUUUAAUACAGAGCAAAGGAAUGUAUACAAGGACUAUCGCUUCCUUGAGCUGGCAUGUGAUUCACAGGAGGAUGUAGACAGCUGGAAGGCAUCUCUACUAAGAGCUGGAGUUUAUCCUGAUAAAUCUUUAGGGAACAACAAAACUGAAAAUGAUGAAAAUGGCCAAGCAGAAAACUUCUCUAUGGACCCUCAGUUGGAGAGGCAAGUGGAGACCAUCCGCAACCUCGUAGACUCCUACAUGUCUAUCAUCAACAAAUGUAUCCGAGACCUGAUUCCAAAAACGAUAAUGCACCUUAUGAUCAAUAACGUUAAAGAUUUCAUAAAUUCUGAGCUCCUAGCACAGCUAUAUUCUUCAGAGGACCAAAAUACACUGAUGGAGGAAUCUGCAGAACAGGCUCAGCGCCGGGAUGAGAUGCUUCGAAUGUACCAAGCGCUUAAAGAAGCCCUUGUGAUCAUCGGAGACAUCAACACCGCCACUACCUUCACGCCAGCACCACCUCCCGUGGACGACUCCUGGAUACAGCAUUCCCGCAGGUCGCCGCCUCCUAGCCCCACCACCCAGAGGAGGCCGACGCUGAGCGCGCCCCUCCCGCGGUCCACGUCCGGCCGGGGGCCCGCGCCCGCCAUCCCCUCCCCGGGACCCCACUCGGGGGCGCCCCCAGUGCCAUUCCGGCCCGGCCCGUUACCUCCUUUCCCCAACAGCAGCGACUCGUUCGGGGCGCCUCCGCAGGUGCCCUCGCGGCCCACCAGGGCCCCUCCCAGCGUCCCCAGCCGGAGACCACCCCCAUCACCAACUCGUCCCACUAUAAUCCGUCCACUAGAAUCCUCCCUGUUAGACUAAACGAAGUGUCUGGCAUGGCAAUUAAUUACUAAUGAGUUACGCGAAAGCAAAAUAUUUGAUAACCGUUGCAGUAAAUCAUGAGUAGUCGCAUGUGUGGACAUCAGUAGGCAAGUAACCAGUUUUACUAAUGCAUCCAUCACUUACCUUCACUGCUCAUGGUAUGUCAGACUUUGGGGGUUUAACUCUUGAAAACUGCUGACCCUUUGAGGCUCUGUAUGUUGUCUCGACCAAGGUAGGUUGUCUGGCAGCCCUCUCCUUUGGGGACCUUUGACCUACCCCAGUAUAUAUUUGAAAUUGCUUUGGACGAGUUUCCCAGGUUACCUACCAGACAGUCCAUUCAGUGUAACUCUUAAGAGAUAAGAGAUGAUGGGCUUAGACCUAAAUGAUAUAUAUUUUAUUUUCCCACAUUCUGUUUUGACUGAUGGAAAUUAUGUUGUCUAUUAUUAAUGUUUCCACCUACUCCAUAAUUACCUAUUUAGAUCCUUUUUUCUUUCCUCUUUGUUUCAUAAGACUGCUAUGAAGUGUUUUUUUUUUUUAAAUUAGGAUUCCUUAAGCAUAAAACUUUACCAGAAGCACGAGGUGGUUUACAAGGGAAAAGUUAAUGCAUUGCUUGCUCUAGAGGGUUUCUCGUGCCAAUAUGUUUUGCUUCAUGCCAAAAGCAUAUUCAACAAUGAAUGAGAACUUGUUUUUUGGUAGUCGGUCGAUAAAUUUGGCUAGUUAAUUUCAGAGUUCAAGGAAGAAGCAAAAUAUCACAUCUCUAGAAGUGUUCGGACAAAUGUAAUUUCUCUAUUCACUUAUAUAAUUACCUCCUCAUAGGUUACAGUGAAGGCUGACACGGAAAAUACUUAAUUUUUUCUAGUGAUCUAAUUUAAGGCAUGGAUAACUACACUUUGACACUAAUUCCUGUUGAUUUAUUUGGUUAGUUAGCUAGAGCAAAAAUACGUCUCUUUUUCCAUGCUAAUAUGUGAUUCCCUAAUGUAAAAAUUUAGCCUACCUUUAAAACAGGUUUAAUGUAACUCUUUAUCCAUUCUAGACUUUCUUAAUAAAUCCUGAGCCUUCCUGUGGGAUAACCAUAUUUAAAGAAUGGGACCUGGCAUGGAAAGAAAAGUCAUUUAGUACAAGAUACGAUGGUCUAAGAGCAGAGCUCACACUCCUACAGUGGGACAACUUCAGAGUCUCUUCCCAGAAAACUGUAUUAAGACAUUGAAAUUUAAAGCAAAUUGGCAAAUUCUAACAUUUCCAGAAUUUACAAAAGCAGUUUCGGCUGGGGGUUAAUAGUUCAGUCUGGAGGCUGAGUUUUGGACUACCUAGGACUGGGUGAUUAGCAUGUAGGAAACAGCCAGAAGCCAACUGGAAUUCCGUCUGCUAACUGUUCCCAGACAGCAGACCAAGUAUUCACUGAAUAGUUGUGUCCCAUGACACCACUUCAUAUUCUGCAGAAGUAAAUCAGGUUUUGCCAACUGAAAUGUCUCCCUUUGAAAGCAGCAAACAUGAUUUGUAUGUUAACUUAACUUUAAUUUCCUGUGUAGUUUAUACCCAAAGCAGACACUCAUAAAGUAUGAAGUAGAAACUUUUAACCAUUAUUAAAAAGAGAACUUGCCAAGUGGAAUGGCAUUGUUUUGAACUUAUUCUAAGGGGUUAAAAUCAGCCCACUUAAGCAAAAAUCAGAGAAUACAAGAAUUACAAAAAGGGCGUUUCAGCUUUUAAAUUUCAAGUGAUUGUAUGAAGAACACCACCCUAAAUCUUCUCUCGUACCUUAUUUUUUCUUGCUGAAAAAAAUUUAACUCUUUGUGAAUGGAAUGGAUGUGCGAGAAACAUACUGUAUUUUUAAGCAGUGUCGCAGCUAAAUGGAGGUAUGUUAAAUAAACGUCCACAGUAACAUGAAUAAGCUACAGUGAGGUCUUUUCAUAAAAUUCUCUUUUUAGGAUUCCCUUUGCUUCUUCCUUGGAAUUCUCUAAAAUAGGCAGCUAACGGAUUAUAUACUUCAGGGUUUGGCUUUGAGCAACAUAUGACUUUGUGUUUUGCUGUAUCUCAAAAAUGUCCUUCUGUUAAAGGAAAAUAUUGCGGAUAACCACUGGUGUGUUCUCAGAUCAGCACAAACCAUGUCAAAGAAAAUUGGAGAUUUUUUUCCAAGUUUCUUUCCACUGACUUUAUGCAUGUGUCAUCUUUGGCUUUUGCUCUCAGAUUACAAUCCCACAGUUUCGCUGUCGCAAUUAUCUCUUCUUGUGUGUGUACAUCCUUGUUUUAUUUUAGUUCUAAGUUAUUUCUGGUAGAACCCAGCCUCCCCUGGGAUUUCAGCAGUCAUGUUGGAGAAUGUUUCCAGUUUGCUGCAGUCCUGUGUCAUAUGAUUAGUAUUAAUGCCAUUUCCCAAAGGGUUUGCAUCCUGCCCAAAGGAGAUGCCAAUAUAAAUGAAGUCAGAAGCUCUAGAAUGUGCAGUGUUUGAAGUACAGUGUAUAUAUCAGGGCUUAAGAUGGCAAUGUAGCUUAAUGAGCUUUCUAAGUAUUUCCCAUACACUUCAAAUCUUCCGUGUAAGUUCCUCCCAGCUGAUUGCUCUGACGUUGUCUAUACAACAGAUGCAGCUCCAUCACGUCUAGUGUAAGGAAACAUGCAGUGUUUUUAGGAUUUGGAAAAAUUAACUGAUGUUUAUCUGGUAGGCACAUCUAUUUCACUGUCACAUGCUAAAUUGUGCAUUAUUGACUAAUUGGAAUAACCAUUUACUCAAUUGUGGACAGACGAUUGACAUAGUAUUUAUCGAUUUAAAACAGAUACAUUACCUUUCCAGAAGUCAGCUACCAAGGCUACUCCUCUGAAUAUUGCUUUUAGCUGUGUUUUGUAACAUAGAAAAAGGAGCGGUAGGGUCUGUUUAAUUAGCGUAUUGCCUGCUUGUUCAGAUACAAGCUCAUUCUAUUCCAAGGCAUUAUAAUAAAACCAAGUUCCUGUGAUAUAACUGUAAGCCUUCUGACCUUAGAAUUAAAAAGUAGUCAUAUAGAUUAUUUUAUGACUUUUUAGUAGAGACUGUAGCCAUAAUUCUCAAAUAUGAAAUGGGACCUAAUACCAGUAUGUGAUAAAUGUUGAUGUUUUCUGUGUACACACACAUCUUCUAUGCAUGUGUCUCUAUGUAUACGGCAUAUAUUUGGAAUUACAUAGUAUAUUUGUUUCUGUAAGUACAUAUAUUUUGUGCCCCUCUGGGUAAGUAGGUUUAAAAUCACAUGUUAAAAUACCACAAGCAUGAGUGUGAUUGUAUGUGUAUUGUACAUAUAUGUAUAUGUGUGGGUGUAAAUAUUUAUGUACACAUGUGCUUUGUACGUGUGGGUAUGAAUCUAUUUUUUAAACAGUGCUAAUACAAGAGUUAGCUUUAGAGUAUUUGCCAUAACACGUGAUAACGGUGGUUCAUUUCUCUUAACGUACGUGAGAUAUACCACAUUUUCUGCAGAUUCAUUCUGAGAGACGCAGAGCUCAGAAUUUCCAUGACAUCAUGGCAGAAGAACACUGACAGGCAUUUACAUCUGAAUCCACAGCACUGCUAUCUAAGGAGAAACUAUCUUUGCCAACAUAGCGCAAAACAAGUGUCAGAUCUGGAAGCCUACCUUUAAGAACCCUGAUUAGAAUCAUAAAUUAUUCUUCGCUUGCUGGGCUGAGUCUUAGAAAGCUAAGUUGGUCUACAUAGUCAUUUUUUUUCUCAACGGUAAAUGUCAAAAAAAAAUGCAGUAGAGGGAAACAGCAAUAUGAUACAAGUAGAGGAUUUUUCUGAGUAAAUUUGUUUAAAAUGCAGGAAAGAAGUUAUGUGAUACCUGAGAGGCAGGGCAUCCAUCCCCUUUUUCAGGUACACAUUUUUCAUUUGGCAAACAAUAUAAUUAUUUGACAUUGACAGGCAUCUCCUUAACGUGGAGAAUAAUACCUAAAUACUAGACCUCUCAACUAUGGAGCUCAGUGAAAGAAGAUAAUGUUUGAGACUCAAGCCAUGAGUUAUGUCAUUUCACCAAGAGGACUGCAAGCGGUGAGCUCAGAGUUGAGUGUGAAGGAAGCGAGAUGAUUUCAGAGAAACGACAAUUGGGUCGCUUAUAUCACUCAUUUGUUUCUUAAAAGCUCAAAUGUGUCUUCUAGAUAAUCUUCAGUCAUCGUGUCUAACUGGUAUGUUUAAAAUUAUGUGGUGCUCUGUAUUGUGAAACUUUAAGAAUAUUUUGAAGCAUAUAUAGUAUAGGCAUUGAUAUUUAUAUAUGUAUAUGUGUGUGUAGGAAGGUGUGUAUGUUGAGAGCAAGAGAGAGGAAACUCAAGGAAGAGUUUCCUGUUUGUCUUCGGACCUGUUCACGCUGGUACAUUGGCGAGACUUCUCGCCAGUCUGAUCUGGGAUUUCACACGUGGCUCGGCCCAAGGCAUUCAUUACUUUCUGAUUUUUACCCUCAUAUUCCUUAAACUUUGCACAUUAUAUCAUGUUUUUAAACUUAUGAUAAAAUUACCCUGUCUAACCUCCUGCGUUGUCUGUUGCCAAUUUGAUAGAAAGGAUUCCUCCCAAGCAGAAAUUCCACUGUUACUUGAUUUGCGUUUAAUUUCACAUGUACUGCCUUUGUUUUACUCGCUUGUCUAUGUUUCUUUUCUCUCCCUUUUCUGAAUCAAUAUCCUCUUUUGCUUUUUGUAUAUAAAGAAGCAGUGUACAAAAGCAAAAUCUUAUCUUCUCUGUUGAUGAAUUAAUUUGAGCCGGAAUACUUUCCACUGUCUUCGUGGCACUUUCAGGAUUUCUUAAUGCUGAUAUAUGGACGGACUCUGUGAAUGGAAUUUUUGGAGCAAGUUCCUAAAGCCUGUAUCAUUCUUGAAGGUCACAUGUACCUAUUGUGAAAAUGUGAAGCUGUAUUUCUGAACCUGAAAUAAAUGAUACAUUUGAAGGACUCCCCCUUCCUCAUUCCUGUACA